AUGGCUGGACUACCGGAUAACCCUGAUGACUGGUUUCGACUUGAGGAUCCUGAUGAGCCAUUUGGAGUUCCUUUGCAUCCACAUCCACUACACUUAGCGGGGGAUCCGUACUUUCCCCAUGACGGUCUUGAGGAGGAGGAUCCCGAAGAGGAUCCUGAGGAGGAUCCCGAUGAGGAGGAGCUCGAGAAUGAGAGCAUAUUUCAGGAUGCCCAAGAGACUGAUGAUGAUGGUCCUGCAGAGGAUGAGGGAGACCUCUCCGAAGAGGAACCUACUCCCCUUACCCCACCAGACUCACCACCGAGACCCCACUACCAGCCGUACCUUCUGCGCGGCAAGGGCCCUUGUAUGAUGAGGACCCCAGGAACUACUAUAUCUCCUAUUUACCACUUGGACCCAGCUGCUCAGGUUUCCCGACCCACUAGUGGUCUAUUAGGGAAACGUAAUCGACCCAGUGAGCCAUCUUGGCUCACAGACCUCCUUAGCAGGAGGGAUGCUACUGAUCUACCACCACGGUUUGAGGUUGGUGAAUCUUCACGAGCACCACUCAGGUUUAAUCCUGAGGAUGAUCCGAUACCUCGCUUGAUGACUCAGAUUGAUCAGACCGAGGAUAGGAUUAGAUCCUUGGAGCAGUUUGUGAGAGGUCCAGGCUCUACUUCCCUCGACCAUCGAGUUGAGACACUCGAGGAAGAGGAGAAGGAGAAUUCUGAUGCGAUCCAGAUAUUAUAUCAUCUCUCGGGUGCUGAUCAUGAUGCAGUGAAUGCCUUGAGUGCUCAGGUAAGAGCACAGAACUACCGGAUUCAGAUCAUGGAGAGCGAGCUUGCUGCGCAGCGAAAUCAGUUGGUUAUCUCUGCGCAGGAACGACGCUACAUCUUGGACCAGUUCGAGGACUUUGUCCUCUAUGUGAUGACUCGAUUUGGGAGGAUAAUGCCUCGACGAAAAGAACCACGAGUUCGUCCACCACCGACUCCCCGAACUAACAGGAGAAGUGCUCCAGAGAUAACUCAAACAACAGAAGAAACUCCAGACCCUGAAGAAACCCCAAGUGCUACAAAUAACCACCAAAAUUUCCAGAUGGAUCCCACCAUGAUGCAGAACAUGCUUGCACAAGGGAUUGCUACGGCCUUGGCGACUUAUGAGGCAGCUCGAAACGGGAAUACUGGAAAUAGCGGAAGUGGAUAUGUAGCAACUGCAAAUUAA